AUGGGGACUCACCGGGCCUGUGUUCACGACAACGCUCGGAACAUUGUCCCGGCAAACAACCCCACACAUAUCAGUUGGAAAUCAGUCUCGUGCUUUGCACAUACUUUAAAUCUGGCCGUCAACGACGGAUUCGCUGCUGCUGGUGUCAACCGAGUAAUUGCAGCUGCUGGCAGGUUGGUGAAACACUUCCAUCACAGCACUCCAGCAACGAAAGCGCUAGAAGCAAAACAAAAACAAAUGCAGCUACCAGCUCAUCGACUCAUUCAGUCCUGCAAAACUAGGUGGAACUCUGUAUGUGAAAUGUUUGGCAGACUCGUAGAACAGCGAUGGGCCGUGUGUGCUGUACUAUCAGACCGCUCAGUGACCAAGCUUACAGAUGCGAGGACGCUGGAGUUGAGAGACGACUUCUGGCAGCUGAUGGAAGACAUGGCGCCGGCACUGGAGGCUCUCAAAUGUGCAACUACUGUAAUGUCUGCAGAUACUGAGGUAUCCAUAUCCAACACGUACCCAAUCACAUUCAGUCUGAUCAACACACACCUCAAGACGGCAGAUGGAGACGGCAGCAGAGUGGCGGAAUUCAAAUCUAAAGUGCACACUUCGUUGGUUGAACGGAUGAAGGUUGAGUCUGAAGACCUCACAUCAACAACGCCAAUGAUAGCAACGAUGCUGAACCCACGGCAUAAGCACCUGGGAUUUCUGGUGCCAGCAAGCAGGAUCUCAGCUCAUUCCAAGCUGCUUGAACUGGCUAUGGCAGAACAUGUGAGCUGCACAUCAAGAGAUGAUGAAGCCACCACUGGAGAUGAUGUGCAAGUCCAGGGAGCUGCACUUCAGAGGCACACUUCUGCUAUGACUCUUCUACUGGGUGAAAACUAUACCACUAGCUGCAACAAUGACAUAGAAAAAGAAGUGGACAUGUUUCUCAAGGAUCCCUCACCACUCCUCGAUUCCAGUCCCACAGAAUGGUGGAAAGUCAAUGAAGGGCGAUCCCCGAGGCUGGCAAAUGUGGCACGACAAUAUCUGUGCAUACCGGUUUCCGUGUUGAUGCUGCAGUGCCAAGCCUUCAUCUUCAGAGAAAUCAUAGUGAAUGACCCCGUGACCUUCCCGUGUACCUGCUCUGGAAAUUGUCCGGUGGUCCAGUGGACCCGCUUCAUUCCCAGCGAAGCCAUCAUUGCUGAAAGCCGGAUGUGUCACGGUGAACAGUAUUAUGAGAGAUUUUCAGUAUCAGGAAAUGCCAGCAGAGGAAAUUUCUCCCUGACGAUCAGUUCAGUAGCCUACAAUGAUGCCGGCUCCUACAGGUGCAGCUGUAAUAGAAACCCAGUUACUGAAGUAAAGCUGAAAGUUAUCGGAGUAGCUCUUACAGAAAAGCACAGUCAUACAGCUGAACUUGUUUCUGCUUGA